AUGAUGGGCGCAUGGUCCGUGCAUCCGCUCUUGGGCUCCGCGAGAUUGGAAUUGACGAUCUCUUGCAAUGUCACUGGCCUUUACAUCGGCGUGAAGGAGCCCAGAGGAAGCCGGCAAACGUUCGUUCGUGCUACCAACCUGCACAGGUCGGACAUCACCUGGGCAUUCGGAGUGAGCGACCGGCCGAUCAUCCCGCAUUUUGCCGCAAGCUGUCACGGCAUCCAGGCCGGAGCUCGGCACACUUUGGAUGUACGCUGGACCGACAGACUUUUUCGUCUUUGCAAAGAUGGUCAGACCAUCAUCGCUGGCCUCCCAGUGGACUCGAUGGCAAGAGCAGCUCCAACCUUUGCCAACGUUUACAUCUGGGCCUUUGGACAGAGACAGCUAAGGCAAGAUGAUCUCGUUGUCACGCCCUUGCCUGCAGGCAUCAACAGAGAUGCAGCCAUUCGAUGCAGCUUGUGUCGCGGCACGCGUGGCGUGGUCUCCCAGCUGUGGGCAAUCUGCCCCCGUUGCCACAACUGGAUCUGCCGCAGCCACGUGGAACACACACCUUUCAGACUCUGCGAUGUCUGCGGUCUCGCGGAACUGGACGACUUUGUCGGUGGUUCGCAUGUGUCGGCCAGGGAAUUUUGGCACGAGCUGCAAGCAGGACUUACUGAUGGCGAGGAGGACAAGUGGCAACAGGUCGUGCGCGGCAUACUGGUGCCUCACUCCGAGUGUCUGGCAGAGCUCCCACAUCUGGUGGACUUGGUGCCGGCCCCGCAAGAGCGCAUGGCCAUGAGCAAGCGCAGAUGGGAGCGCUUACUAUACAGGGCGCGCACUUUGCUGGACAUGUUGGAUCAAAGGCAACAUUUGCUUCUUUUCCAGUUCAUGCACGCACUGGCUCGCAAAGUGCCCGAGCGGCAGCGGGAUUUUAUAGCGGGACUGUUGCACCCGGCUGAAUUUCAGGGUGGCCUCGAGGAAUGGCGCCUGGAAGCUUCCCUGGGAGCCGUGCAGCUUCAGGUCGUUAUUGGUGGACUGGAAAGAGGCAGAUCCCAGCAGCAGCGAGCGCCGGAUCAGAAUCUUUUAGGUGGUGGUGAGCGUGACGACUACAUGGGCGGUGCCCAGCACCCGCACCUGUCGGCACGGGAAUUCGAUGAGGAUGUUUUAGGUGGCGGUGAAAUCACAAAUGAUAUAUUGAGGGCCAUUCCAAGCUUCUUCGACGAUUACGAUGACAUCUAUUGCUUGGCGUGCUGCUGCUGCGAACUGCGAGACAUCGUUCUCGACAGAAACUAUUGGCGCGGCAAACACAUCAACCUGGUCGUGCCUCCCCUGACGAAUGCUCCCGAAGCAGUUCGGAGCGCAGCCAAAUUUUUCGACCAGGCAGCUUCUCUUACAAUGGAGAUCCCGCAACUUGUUCACCUGGAUCGCGUUCCUCGCCGCGGAAUCAUUCACUGGUACUCAGAAAGACUUGAGAACUUUCUGGGCAACGAGUUCACAGGUUGGGAAUCCAAGCAUCCUCUCUUUGGGGCAGUGAGGUUUUCACUGACUAUGCCGCUUACCGUGGCAAGUGUGUACAUUGGCGCCAAGGCGCUCGCGUCUGCGCAGCGGUCGUUUAUCAGAAUCACCAACCCCUACACAAGUUCCUGUGAGCUUUCGGCCGGGCUCAGUGGAACCCCUGUGCAACCAUUUCCAUCGAACGUCGUCAACAGCACACUGAAUCCGCCUGGCUUCGCCAAUGAAUUUUACUUCGUCUGGUCGACGCAUCGCACGACUUUAUACAUCAACCAACAGAAAGUCGGCACUGCUCGCCUGGAACCAGGAUUUGCUGAUAUGCCUGGUGCGUUUUCCUCGACGUUCGUCUGGGUUAUCUCAAGACGCUCUGCUCCGGAGAAGCCUACUUUGACUCCGCUGCUUUCCCCCAUCGAUCCCGAGACAUUGGCGAGGUGCUGCGUCUGCGGACACGAGGAGUCCAUCAGCUCCCGUGACUGGCUAGUCUGCUGGGAAUGCUGCUCAUGGGCAUGCCGUUAUCACGCACAGCGUGGCCCUCGGGAACCGUGUCCCACGUGCGGGCUUGUGCAGCUAGCCGACUGCCUGGGAGGAUCUACGGGCAGCUCCUUGGAUGCCUCACAGAAGAGGCGCCUGCAGGAGUCCAGGCUGGCAGCGUACGAGCGGAAGGCUACCAGACUAGCUUAUAUGGAAGGCUUCUUGCCGAAAUUAUUGCAGCCCAGCGCAUGGACCUGUCCUUCCACGCCAUCGGCCUUCGAGCCUGGCAACGCAGCGGACGUGGAUGUACUCAAGACAUUGCGAGCACAUCCACGCGAUUUUGCGAUCCGCUUUCAAGCGUCGGAUCACACGUACUACAUCGAAGGAGUACAGACGCAUGGGUCAGUGACCAGCAUGAUCCAUGCUUUCUCGGAGCCCUUUCAGCCAGACUUGGUCAUUGCGAAGAUGAUGCAAGGUCGCAACUGGCCGCGAGCCGGGUACCUGAAGCGCGACGUGUCUUUCGCAGUGAUGACACGGCUUCGAAUUCUGUGUCCCGGGCUCUUGGAUUUGUACGCCGGCAAUCCAAGAGAUGAUGUCAGUAUCUGCAAUGUUCUGCGUGGGGUGUCGGACUACGCGGACAUCUCUCACGAAAUCACGCAGCUCUCCUUGUCUCCGCAAGAAAUCAAGGUAGGCCAAGAAGUAGUCGAAGAUGAUGAGAGCCGGGCUGACGCACGCUUGGUAGCCAGGGAGAACACUUUUCGAGUGCCGGACGAAGUUGAAAUCGAACUGGAACAUCACCUGGAAGAUUCUCUCGAUCUCGAUCUGGACACAGGGGCAGGAGUGUUCGCCUGCAACCACGCAGCCAUCGCUCUGGCAAAGCGCGGCGAAAACAUUGUUCGAUGCUUUAUCGGUGUCAGCCCGGGAGGCGCGACUGGUACAGGGCUAGCUAAGGCAAGCGUGGAUUGUGGAUGGUUGUAA